AUGGAUGUAUUUGCAAACAGAGCCAACGCUGUUGCUGCUAUGCAAUCAAGUGCUCGCUACAUGCAACAACACCAAGCAGCUCAACAGAUGACCCCUCAAUCUCUCAUGGCUGCUCGCUCCUCAAUGCUCUACUCACAGUCCCCAAUGUCUGCACUCCAGCAGCAACAGCAGCAAGCAGCAAUGCAUAGCCAGCUCGCCAUGAGCUCCGGAGGCAACAACAGCAGCACCGGAGGAUUCACCAUUCUUCAUGGUGAAGCUAGCAUCGGAGGCAAUGGCUCAAUGACUUCUGGUGGAGUCUUUGGAGAUUUUGGACGGAGCAGCGGCGGGAAGCAAGAGACUGGGAGCGAAGGGCACGGGACAGAGACUCCUAUGUACCUGAAAGGCUCUGAAGAAGAAGGAAACUGAGAUCUCUUGUGUGUGUCCCUGUGGCUUUUGUUUGUGAACUAUCUUUAAUUAUCGGUAUUAGUAUAGGUAGUAGUAGACUCUAUGGAGGGUUUUGUUGACUUUGUGUGAGUUGUUGGUGUUGUGGGAUUGUGCUUUGAGAGCAACUAGCUUUUGUAAAUUAGUAGGCUGAGGAGUUGUUAGUAGUGCUAUUGAAUGGGUUAGAUGCUUCUCUUGCUGAUAUAUGUUUGGUAUUAUGGUGGCUUACGACUAUGAGCCUGUUAGUUGAUGAAUGUUGCUGCUAAAUUACGGUGAAAUUUUGAUGGGGGCUUAUUAGCA